AAGAAGAGCUGAAGAGUCUUAGCAGCACAUGAAGAAGCUCUGUCUAUUUUAAACCACACCGGAUUGUACUCAGGAUAUCUGAUAUUUCUUGAGACGUGUGACAGAUUGUAUGUACAGUCUAAAGCCAGAGCAGAACUCAAGUGGCUUUGCUUUACCUUUUUAUUCAGGGUUUUUCGCCAUCUAACUGUAGGUGGCCGUGUGUGUGACAGAGAGAGAGAGUGUGUGUGUGUUUGAGUGAGUCUGCAUGUGUGACAGAGAAAUAGGACCAGGAUGAUUGCGGCCCAGCUACUAGCCUAUUACUUCACUGAACUCAAGGAUGAUCAGGUUAAAAAGAUCGAUAAGUACCUGUACUCCAUGCGUUUCUCUGAUGAGACGUUAAAGGAAAUCACACAGCGGUUUCGGAGGGAGCUGGUCAAAGGACUGGGACGGGACACGAACCCCACCGCUGUGCUGAAAAUGCUGCCAACUUUUGUGCGAUCAAUCCCUGAUGGCUCAGAGAAGGGAGACUUCAUUGCUUUGGAUUUGGGCGGUAGUAACUUCAGGAUCCUCCGCGUCAGAGUAAGCCAUGAGAAGAAACAGACCGUUCAGAUGGAGAGUCAGAUCUAUGACACACCAGAAGACAUCAUUCACGGCAGCGGAACAAGACUGUUCGACCAUGUGGCAGAGUGCCUCGGUGACUUCAUGGAAAAACACAGCAUCAAAGACAAGAAACUCCCGGUUGGGUUUACCUUCUCCUUCCCCUGCCAGCAAACUAAACUAGAUGAGGGAUUUUUGAUAACAUGGACAAAGCUUUUCAAGGCCGGUGGAGUGGAGGGAAUGGACGUUGUCAAACUGCUCAACAAAGCUAUUAAGAAGCGAGGGGACUAUGAUGCUGAUAUCAUGGCAGUAGUGAAUGACACUGUGGGGACGAUGAUGACCUGUGGUUUCGAUGACCAACGCUGUGAAGUUGGCAUUAUCAUCGGUACGGGUACCAAUGCGUGCUACAUGGAGGAGCUGCAUCACAUUGACCAGGUGGAGGGCGACGAGGGCAGGAUGUGUGUGAACACUGAGUGGGGAGCCUUCGGUGACGACGGCAGGCUGGAGGACAUCAGGACAGAGUUCGACAGAGAGAUAGACCGAGGCUCUCUCAACCCCGGGAAACAGCUAUUUGAAAAAAUGGUCAGUGGUAUGUACAUAGGGGAGCUGGUUCGUCUCAUCCUGGUGAAGAUGGCCAGAGAAGGCCUGCUGUUCGAGGGAAGGAUCACCCCUGAGCUUCUCACUAAGGGGACGUUUGAGACCAAACACAUCUCAGCCAUGGAGAAGAGUAAGGAGGGGUUGAACAAGGCCAGAGAGAUUUUAACCAGACUUGGAGUGGAGCCCUCAAAUGACGACUGCAUCGCUGUGCAGCAUGUUUGUACCAUUGUGUCUUUCCGCUCUGCCAACCUGAUAGCUGCCACACUGGCAGGCAUCCUGCUGAGGCUAAAGGAGAACAAAGGCGUUGCACGACUCCGAACCACUGUAGGGAUCGAUGGAUCGCUAUACAAGAUGCACCCACAAUAUGCCCGUCGUCUUCAUAAGACAGUCCGUCGUUUGGUCCCGGACGCUGAUAUUCGAUUCCUCCUGUCAGAGAGCGGCAGUGGAAAAGGAGCCGCCAUGGUGACAGCUGUGGCCUACCGACUCGCCGAACAUUCACGAGAAAUCACCCAAACGCUGUCCGAAUUCCGCCUGACGACCGAACAACUGCUGGAGGUGAAGAAGAGAAUGAGGAUAGAGAUCCAAAAUGGCCUUUCAAAGAGCACUCAGGAAGCUGCUACUGUCAAAAUGCUGCCAACUUUUGUAAACAGCACUCCUGAUGGCUCAGAACAUGGCGAUUUCCUGGCUUUGGAUUUGGGAGGAACCAACUUCAGAGUUCUGUUGGUCAAGAUUCGCUCUGGCAAGAGGAGAACAGUGGAGAUGCACAACAAGAUCUACUCUAUUCCUCUGGAAGUGAUGCAGGGCACGGGAGAGGAGUUGUUUGAUCACAUUGUGCAGUGUAUCAGUGACUUCCUGGACUACAUGGGGAUGAAGAACACCCGUCUUCCUCUGGGCUUCACCUUCUCGUUCCCCUGCCGACAGACCAGCCUGGACGCUGGCAUCCUGAUGACUUGGACCAAGGGCUUCAAAGCGACUGACUGUGAAGGAGAAGAUGUGGUUGGUCUGUUGAGGGAGGCCAUCAAGAGGAGAGAGGAAUUUGACCUGGAUGUUGUGGCCGUAGUGAACGACACAGUGGGAACCAUGAUGACCUGUGCCUACGAAGAACCCACCUGUGAGAUUGGACUCAUUGCUGGCACUGGCAGCAAUGCAUGUUACAUGGAAGAGAUGAGGAACAUUGAGAUGAUAGAUGGAGAUGAGGGCCAGAUGUGUGUCAACAUGGAGUGGGGGGCUUUCGGGGACAACGGAUGUCUUGACGACAUUAGGACAGAGUAUGACCGGGCUGUGGAUGACUUCUCCCUCAAUCCUGGCAAACAAAGAUAUGAGAAAAUGUGCAGCGGCAUGUAUCUUGGCGAAAUCGUGCGAAACAUCCUGAUAGAUAUGACCAAGAGAGGAUUCCUGUUCAGAGGACAGAUUUCUGAAACACUGAAGACCAGGGGCAUCUUUGAGACCAAGUUCCUCUCACAGAUAGAGAGUGACAGAUUGGCUUUGCUGCAAGUGAGAGCCAUCCUGCAACACUUAGGUCUGGACAGCACCUGUGAUGACAGUAUCAUAGUUAAAGAGGUAUGCGGGGUAGUGUCACGUCGUGCAGCUCAGCUGUGUGGGGCAGGAAUGGCGGCCGUGGUCGAUAAGAUCAGAGAGAACCGAGGACUGGACCAUCUGGACAUCACAGUAGGGGUGGACGGCACACUCUACAAACUACAUCCACACUUCUCUAAGACCAUGCACCAGACUGUAAACGAACUGGCUCCUAAGUGUAACGUCAACUUCCUACUGUCUGAGGACGGCAGUGGGAAAGGAGCUGCCCUCAUCACAGCGGUGGGAUGCCGGAUGAGACAGGAGCUGAACAACAAAUAGAAAAUAUCUCUUCUGUCUCGCUGUUAUCUCCCCACUUUUCCUCUGCUCCCCCCUCUCUUCCCCUUGUCUCAUGUCCUACCGAAGCCAAUCUGUCCAGUCAGCGUAUCACACUCCUGUAGCUGCUUUAGAUCGUCUCUAUGACCCAGUGAGAAAGAGAUAGCUUUCUCUACUGUGUUAGGUAGCAAAGUGUCAUGCACUAUGUUAUAGCUAGAUUAUGCUUGAUUAAGAAUUGUAACAAUAUCCAGACUCUUAAGAUUGUUUGUAGUUAGGUUUAACUUAUCUAUAUAGAGAAGACACACACAUUUAUCUGCCCUGUAGACAAAAAUCUACAGGGCAGAUAAAAGAGUCCAAACAACGAGCUUUAUAUCAUCGCCAUAUGGAGGAAUCCUCUGAUAAUUGCAGUCUGUUACAAAGUACCAAGUACAAUAGGUGAAAGACAAUUUCCAAAAGCAUUGCUGAGAAUUGUUUAUCCUUGCAACAUGUUUGGUAAAUGCAGGGACAUAAAAUCAAAGCUAAUGACCAAAGUUUCCAAAGUCUGUCUGCUGUCCACUGCAGGAUACUCACUGUCUCUACAACAAGAUGUAAAAGGGAUAUGCGGCUAAAUAUGUAUAUGUAAUGAGAUGAAAGAGAAUAUUUUUGCUUUAAUAUUUGAAAUAUCUUAUCCAGAUAUGAUACAAUAUGUUAUGUAAACAUUAUUGCUAUUUAUUUUAUUUUUGUAUUGGGCGAAGAUGAGAAAUAUUGGUGUUGCAAUAAUGAGGCUCAAAGUGGAAGAUUUAUAAACCACGUUAGGGCAGAAAUGUAACAAAAGAGGGACGUUAACCAUGCUUGAUCUGCAGGAGAUGUCAUAUGCUUGCUAAAUGUGCAGAUUUGGCUAAUUUAUGUGCACAUGUAUACUAAAUAGAAAUCCUGUUGUUGGUUCUAUCACAACUAUUGAUAAGUUGUCGUCUUAAGAAAAGCAGACUAACCUCAUCAUCACAGUGAGACUUACAAGUUACUUAGCAACAGCCAUGAUACAGGAAUGUGGUGCUAACAUGCGUAGAUGCCAUUGGAACAACAAUGGCCAAACUGGGCAUAAGAAUAAUAUUACAGUAGCUGAAACUUUAAGGGGAAUUUAAACGUUUUGGGAAUAAUGCUUCUCCCUGUACUCAUUCACUGUACUCCAUAUGCUCCUGAAACUCAGGAGGUUGUUUAAGUGAACUACUGUAAUGCUUAUUCAAGUAGCACAAUUGAUGUAAAGGCGAAUAUCUAUUUUUCUCUGUAAUAAAACCAAUGAUCUUAUUACUGUUAAUGAUACUCAAUAAAAAACUUGUGAAUUUAUUCACAGGCAUUUUUCAUUGUAGAGGCUGACCUUAUUAAAUCCUAAACUAUAAGAAGACAAAAGCUUUUAAAAUAAUCUCACUGUGGUUAAAAGGUAACAUUGGCAGUUAUGGUGCAGCGAUGUGAGAUGCUACAUUUUAGAGCCGUAUUUGUUAACCACAGCUAAAAUUCUGGCUUGUGGCAGAUUAGCACCAAUCAAAAACUGCUACAGUGAAGUUUAAUCUCAAUUCCUAUUUACUACUCAUUACUGCCAUGAUGAAGAGGGCCAGCCUCUACUGCAGGUCCUUAACUACUCUGCUUUCAGAUGUUCCCCAAGUUAUAGAAAAGUCUGAAAGCCAGCCCCACAUCCCACAGACACUUUAAUCUCUUUGCUUCUGUUCACAAAACCCAGACUGUAUCCGUCCAACACUGUCAAUCAAUCAGUCACUAAAUAAAGACAAACCUGUG